CAGAAACACAAAUCCUCUGAUCUGGCAACACAGCGAGCCGUGCCCGUGGGCCGAUCUCAUUUUACGCAUGCGCAUUGAGUCAGGGGAUACAGAUUUGAAGGUUCGAGUUCUCAUUCGGCUUUUAGCGACAGUAUAAAAUUGUUUUUGUCUCUUUAAAUAUAUGCAAGGGGUGGUGACUGUACUGCGGAGAGAGAUAGGGGUAGUUUGAGUGAGUGCGCCAUCAUCACACUGCAAACAAAGCUUUGUGCACGACAAAGCACCUGGGCUGCAACACAAACUAGUUCGGUUUAUUGAGAAAAAGAAAACAACACACACGCCUUUUACAGUCGUCUGGAAAACCACACAUGCCUGUUCACAUUGAACCUGCGGUAUACCGUAUAAACACCAGCGCAGUAAAGAAAUGAACUCGGGGUGUACAAAGCUGUGAACUUCAACGUGCUGUUUUUUGGAGCACAGGAGUAACACGCCUUAGGGAAUAGGGAAAGUAUGACGAACGAAGCAGCCCUCUUCAUUCAGUGAGCAGAGGACGAAUAAUCAAUCGGCUGAGCGCUUUGAACUGGGGAGUUGAAGAGUGGAAAUCGGAAUGCCUAAUCCAGCAGCCUGUGUUCAGUGUCUAACAGGACUGCGAUGGAUGUGAUGCGAAAAUAUCUGGAAAUACUUCUACCACCGCUAGUCUUUGGUUACUGACUGACUCUUGUUUUUCCUGUACAUUUAUUAUAAUAGAUAUAUUAUAUACUGAAAUCUGCAGAAAGCUUCAAGAUGCCGAUCUUAAAGCAGCUGGUUUCGAACACCUCCCAGUCAAAACGUCGUUCCCGGGCUGACCUGACUGCGGGGAUGAUCAGCGCACCCCUGGGCGAUUUCCGCCACACCAUGCACGUGGGGCGAGGUGGGGAUGAGUUUGGGGACACCUCGUUCCUCAGCACCCGCUCCGGAGAGCCCCCACGGCAAACAGAGGACCAGCUGCCAUCGCCGCAGCAAACGCCCCACCCUCCCAGCUCCAAACCGGGGUUCCUGUCCCGUACAUUCAGACACAGCAAGAGAUCCUCGUCCGUGACGCGGGUAGACAAACGGGAGUCCGCUCUGGCACCGGCCAGGGGCUCCCCCGACUUUGUGAAGGCUGCGGUGUCCCUCCCGUAUCUCAACGACGACAACGAGGCGGGGCAAGGGGGCGGCAGCCUCAGCCGUGUUCGCAAAAGCCUCUCCUCCAGCCCCCUCAAGAAGCUACCGUCCUACGAGAAGCCUGUCAACGGUGCCGCAGCCUCCAAGCCAUGUGAGCAGGAGAUCCAAGACGAGCGAGACUUCGGGGAGCUCACAGAUCUGCCCCCUGCGUCGCUCCCCCGGGCGGGAGGAGGGAUGAAGCACGCCGAAUCCAUCAUGUCCUUCCACAUCGACCUGGGCCCGUCCAUGCUGGGCGAUAUCCUGAGCGUCAUGGAUAAUAAGGCCUGGGACGAGGACGAUCUAGGGUUCGAGGAAGGUAAGAGCAGCGAGGGGAGGGGGUCGCCAGCUCCUGCCACCCUGAAGCAGCUCCCAGUGAAACCUGCCCUGGUUUCAGAAAGCGAGAACCACACUGCCCUCUUCAGUCCGGAGGCCAGGCUACGGCUUCCUCGCCAACAUCUGGACAGCAGCUCUGUGCCCAGCUCCGGGUCUGCAGCUCUGGAGGAGAAGCCUCCCACUGGGGAGUUCCAAGUGCAGGGGGAGAUGGACAGCGCCAAGUUCAGCUCUCCACGGGGGAAGGAAGACAAGGAUUUAUCAUUUGUGGAUGAGGAUGACGACGAAAUAACAGUAUGAACAAACCAAAAAAAGUGUUGUUUUAUUAAAUAAAUUAAUUCAAAUAAAAAAACAUUUUCAAUCAAACACCCGAAAAAGUCGGUUGGGUGUUUUAGGACUGGACUUUCAAAGAAAAGAAAACGUAUAGCAAUAUUGUCUCCUGGAUUGAUUAUUUUCUAGGAUUCUGGGAAGCUGGUAUUUAACCUUCGUUGGAAGGGAAAACUCUCCUUAAAACUUUAACAUAAGAUAGAACAUGUUUUUCUGUAUUUAAUUAAUUAAAACGGUUGUAAUUUGAAUACACCAGUAAGAAACUAGUUUAACUUAAGUGAAAAAAAAGGAAUUCGGUUCAUCUUUUAGAUCUUUGCAGUAGCAUCUUUUUUAUAGAAAUCUAAUCAGGUGGUUCCAUUAUGAAAACCAGCUGCAUCUGAUCUGUAUGAAGAUUGCAGGUAAGAAGGUACAGAAAGAAAGAGCCAUGUGGUUAAACUGCAUACAAUGCUGCAUGUAGUUCCAGCACAGCUGGUCAGUCUAGUUGGUACGCUGUAAUAUAAUCUGUGGUAAUUAAAAAAUACAAUUUAAGGACAUGAAGGAUGACACUAAUGAUACAGAAUUACAAAGCUUAAAUGAGCAGUUCCCUGAAUGGACAUGCACACUGUAGAGAAAGUCAGAUCCCAAACUAUACACAUUUAUUAACAAAAUGACAAUGAACAGGACAGAGUGCAACAGUGCUGAGCUCCGAAUGUGCAAAACAGACGUUUCAGUCGCUCAUGCGACUUUCUGCAGUGAAACUGAAAACCUGUUCGAGAACAACUCUUGAAAGACUAGGUUUGUCUGCUCGGAUUUAAGGAACGAUGGAAGUAGACCACAGCAAGGAAAGCAGCUCUGUGCAUCCGGUCCAGUUCAAUUAAUGCUGGAAGGAAAACUGUGAUGGAAAUCCAGAUUUAAUCACAUUGCAACCUUAUGUCAGGCUAAGGGUAUUGCACAUACCAGAUUCAAAUAUUAAAAUCAUUAACACAGUGCACAGUAUAUCCCGUUCGGGCCCCGGGGCCACAGAUGUGGUCAUGCCACUCAUGUUGAAGGAGAUGCAAUUUGUGGAUCAAUAUUUAUGUAUAGAGAGAGUCAAUUAGCAUGUCAUCAUACUGCUGCACAUUAGCUCUGUUAAUGGCAUUAAAAUAUUAUCCAUAUCAGGGAUGGAAAUAAGACUCCUGUUACAGAGCAGUUUCACCCAUGCCAUACGAACUUGAUUAGUCCCGGUGUGUCAUCCUGAACUCACAGUGAACUCAGGAGUUGAUCAAACUGCUGUGCAGUGGGAGUCUUAUUUGUAUCCCUGCAGCUAAAAACCUCACUGAAUUGGUCCUAAUAAACCGUGGUACUGAAAUCCAGCAUCCCUCCUUCCUAAUGAACAACACCUAGUGGGGGGAAAAGAACUUGCUAAUCCUUUAACUGAUGCUGUGUAUUUCCCUUCAGUUUCGGCAACCACAGGACCAUUUUGAGAAAAACAAAAAAAAUAAUGCUGGUAGAGAAAUGAUUUACAGUAGCUCAUCUGUUCUUUUCCUUGUGUCUUACUGAGAUUACGCUUAAGAGGAUAAUGAACAGUUUUUUUAUUGUUGUUAUUAUUAUUAUUAUUAUAAAUUCUUAAUUAGAGGACCUCUAGAGAAUGAAUGUGGAAUGAUAACUUGUAUUGGCUACUCCUCUGAAAAAAGAGACUGGUAGAGGAGGAUAAUGCUGCUUCUGGGAAAUGUAGUUUUUACCACAAGGACUUGCCAUACAUGGGCCAGCUAUUGCCUACAGGCUGAACAGAGUGUGAAUAUUGGGAUGGAGAGUGGAAGACAUGUUUUGUUUGGGGCUGAAUUGGUGCAGAGCUGAGAUUUGAGUCCAGGACAUCCUGUUGACAAGACCAAAGACACUAAACUGAAAGGUACUGUCCUUUGGACUGACCAAUCGCACUGCAGAGGAGAAGCAGAUUUACACGUGACAGAACAGACUUCUUUUUUUUUAUCAAAACUUAUUUGCCAAGUAGGGGAGAACAAAACGACCACCAACUUGUAAAACACUAUCUUUUUAUAUGUAUAAAAAAAAAAGAAAGACUGGAACAAGCAGUUUAUUGUUUUUUGUAUUUCAGCUGAAAACGACACUUUUAAUAGAAAAAAAGUACUCCUGUCUAAUCUGCAGAGUGGCCUUUCCUUGAAGCUGGAAAGUUUAGAAACAAAUUAUACUGUGUAAGACAAAUCCGGGUACUCUUUUAUAUUUUUGGGGAAAGAAAAGCAGGCAAUUGAAGGUUCUUCUUAGUAAAAUAUGGACCAUUUAUUUUCAAAAAGGAAGAAAUAACUAAUUCUGCUCAUUGUUUAUAAAUACCAUUAAAUUAAGUCUGGUGCAUGUUUUACUGUGAAGUACAAGCAAUGAACACUAGCAUAAAAACAUGCUACAAUCGCUUUAGGUGACAAAUUGAUACUUUUAACAUCGCAGUGCAAUUAUAUAAUUACAAUAAUUAAAAUCAUGUCUAAAUCCUUCAGUGGGAGUGAUUUAAACGUUGUAUGUAUUGCCCUUUUGUGCCCCAUUGCCUUUAGACUGAUGAUAAUGACAAAAGCAAUAAUUCAAUAAUAAUCAAGUAUUAAAGGGGAAUUAAGAAGAGUCAUUCAAAUCUCAUGAUUUUACUUUUCUUUCAAAACAAACACUGGCAUUCCAGUGAAACUGUCCACCUUGGCUUCAAGGAAUCCCUGUGCGUGGGAAAUGUAACAUGAUAAAAAUAAAAAUGACGACAUGCAGUACAUAUAACGCUCACUAAGCCCUCUCUCUGUGUAUCCGUCUGGUGGUACUGUUGACGAUGAAUGUCUGGGAACCUGUUUGAGGUAAAACUACAGGAAACCAAAUCAAGUCGACCAAAAUGUCUACUAAUGCCUUCAUCAGCGUCAAGAGCGACAGCAUUUGUUUCUUAUAGUUUUCCAUUACAAUUUAUGAGUUUUGGAAGUUAAUAUGGAUGGAAAAACAAAGCCCUCUUCUGAGGUAAUGAACAACAAGUAUAUUUGUGAAGAAAAUAAUCAUAAAAAAAAUGUUCAGCCUUAAUCUAUUUUUGAGUAGUGCUCUUAAUGUCGCGUAUACCAUGUUAAAUGUAUGUUUUGCUGUUCCUGCCCUUUCUUCUUUUGAUAUUGACUUCCUCUGUUCCUAUAUGAAGUAACAUAUAUUUUUCAAUAAAAGAAAACUGGGAAGUUGC